AAGGAAAGUCAUCAUGGGAGCAUUUUUAGACAAGCCAAAGAUGGAGAAGCAUAAUGCCCAGGGGCAAGGGAAUGGGCUUCGUUAUGGUCUGAGUAGUAUGCAAGGCUGGCGAGUUGAAAUGGAGGAUGCACAUACGGCUGUGAUUGGUUUGCCAAAUGGACUUGAUGGAUGGUCGUUUUUUGCUGUAUAUGAUGGGCACGCUGGAUCACAGGUUGCCAAGUACUGCUGUGAGCAUUUAUUAGAUCACAUCACGAGCAACCAGGAUUUUAAAGGGCCAGAUGGGCCACCAUCUGUGGAAAGUGUAAAGAGCGGCAUCAGAACAGGUUUUCUGCAAAUUGAUGAACACAUGAGAGUCAUCUCCGAGAAGAAACAUGGCGCAGACAGAAGUGGGUCAACAGCUGUGGGUGUCAUGAUUUCUCCCCAGCAUACAUACUUCAUCAACUGUGGAGACUCGAGAGGUUUACUUUGUAGAAACAGGAAGGUUCACUUCUUCACACAGGAUCACAAACCAAGUAAUCCACUGGAGAAAGAGCGCAUACAGAAUGCAGGUGGUUCUGUAAUGAUUCAGCGUGUGAACGGCUCUCUUGCUGUUUCAAGGGCACUUGGAGACUUUGAUUACAAAUGUGUCCAUGGGAAAGGUCCUACAGAACAGCUAGUCUCACCUGAGCCUGAAGUUUAUGAAAUUGAGAGAUCAGAAGACGACGAUCAGUUCAUCAUACUGGCUUGCGACGGUAUCUGGGAUGUUAUGGGAAAUGAAGAGCUGUGUGACUUUGUAAGAUCCAGACUUGAAGUCACUGAUGACCUUGAGAAAGUUUGCAAUGAGAUAGUUGACACCUGCUUGUACAAGGGAAGUCGAGACAACAUGAGUGUGAUAUUGAUCUGUUUUCCGAAUGCACCAAAGGUAUCGCCAGAGGCGGUGAAAAGAGAGGCAGAGUUGGACAAGUACCUGGAAAGCAGAGUAGAAGAGAUCAUAAAGAAGCAGGGUGAAGGAGUCCCAGACUUAGUCCACGUGAUGCGUACGUUAGCAACUGAGAGCAUCCCAAACCUCCCGCCAGGGGGUGAAUUGGCAAGCAAACGGAGCGUGAUUGAAGCCGUUUAUAACAGACUGAACCCCUACAGGAAUGAUGAUACUGAUUCUGCCUCAACUGAUGAUAUGUGGUAAAACUGCUCAUCUAGCUGUGGAGUUCACGUUUCAUCCUUCAAAUGAAAGUGCGGCCCAACCUCAGUGACCCUUCUUAACAUCCAUCCUCAACCUUUAAUUAAAGAAGGGAAUAUGACGUGUUGGUGAGAGUGACUACAGCAGUACGACAUCUAGCCCAGGAACUGAUCUUUUUUUGUAAAACAGACUUCUGUAAACGUGAUUUCAAACCAUAAUUCAUGUUGUAAAUCAGACUCCAGCAAUUUAUGUUGUAUGAUUUUGUUUUUGUAAAGUGCAAUUGUCUUUGUACAAAAUGCUCAUAUUUAAUUAUGAACUGCUUUAAAUCACUAUAAAGGUUAGAAGAAAUGUUUGGCUUGUGUGAUGCAACAAUAUAUAUCCCUUUAAAUUCAUGUUGUGGUUUUGGAUUGCAAGGAGCCAGCAGCCUAGCCAGCUAGGUGCUCAAGAGGUGCACAAAACUGUAAAGAUAGCUUUUUGUUUUAUAUGAAAGCUAAACUUGUGGACAACUUACCAGAAAUUACCGUGCGUGGAUUUGCUUGGCAAUGGAGAAAUAAUUUGAGUAGUGCACAUACUUCAGCAAACAUGGAUAGUUUUCUUGGAUGCACUCCUGCUCUCACAUUGAACUAAAGGGAGUCCUGAUUUUGACUUCAGCGGGAGUUAAAUCAUGCCCUAUUAAUAGUAUCGUGUUCAUAUGCGUACAGACCUUGGGAUUAGAAUGCCUUGAUUCUUUGCACCUCUUUUUCAUUAACCCUUACCUGAAACUACUAAUCACUGAGCACGAACAGGCAGCUUUC